AUGACUUCAAGAGCAAUCACGAGGAGAAGGAAAUAUCUUUUCAAUCAUGUUAAAACACUUAACCUUUCAUCUUCAUCCUCUACCUUCCAACAUGAAAGAAUCGGUUCUGAGGCUGAGCCAAGAAUAGCACUACGGUUUCUGGAGCAAAGCUCCGGAGACUCAAGAUCUGAGAAGGAGCAAUACAGUGCGAAUUUGACUAAAAGUAAUUUGGCAGGUCUUGCUAAUAGAUUUCUGCGACGUCCAGCUCAUGGGAUAUCUCUUUCAUAUUAUGGAAUUGGAAAGAAUGACUUCCGGUUGCCGCUGGGAGCUAGAUCUAUUCUGCAGUCAGUUCGUGCAUCAUCAACUGCAACUGCAGGGCAACCUAAGUUGGAUAUUGAUGAUGAACAGAGUGAGGAUCAGAAGCAAAAUAGAAAGAAAAAGAGGCAUCCCAGAGAGGAAUGUGAUCAGGCUGUGGAAGGCCUAAGUACUGCAAAAGCUAAAGCCAAAGCUAAACAGGUCCAAGAAUCUCGAAGGCUAGCCAAUCAGUUAUGCAGAAAUUCUGGGCAAGGCUUCUGGGUAUUGGCCCUGCUCUGCGAGCUGGCUGAUUGGGCUGCAAAGCUUAGGCAUUGGAAGGAUGAAUUUGUUUCUACACUGCAGCAUUACUGGUUAGGGACAAAGCUACUAUGGGCAGAUGUUAGAAUCUCAUCAAGAUUGCUGGUGAAACUUGCCGGUGGAAAAAGCCUUUCUAGAAGAGAGAGGCAACAGCUGACACGCACAACAGCUGAUAUCUUCAGGCUGGUACCAUUUGCUGUGUUCAUCAUUGUUCCUUUCAUGGAGUUCUUACUGCCAGUGUUCCUGAAGUUAUUUCCAAACAUGCUUCCAUCAACUUUCCAAGACAAAAUGAAAGAAGAGGUAAGGAGAGGUGAACGUGUCUCUAAUGACGAAAUCUUGAGCUUUGCGAAGCUUUUCAAUGAUGAACUUACUUUGGAUAACAUGAGCAGACCACGCUUGGUAAAUAUGUGCAAAUAUAUGGGUAUCCGGCCUUUUGGUACAGAUCACUACUUGAGGUUCAUGCUUCGCAAAAAACUGCAAGACAUUAAGAAUGAUGAUAAGAUGAUUCAAGCUGAGGGUGUGGAGUCUCUUUCUGAAGAGGAGCUUCUGCAAACCUGUCGGGAACGUGGUCACCUAGGUCUACUGUCAACUGAAGAGAUGAGACAGCAGCUUCGAGACUGGUUGGAUCUCUCACUAAACUAUGCAGUGCCAUCUUCACUUCUCAUACUUUCAAGAGCUUUUACUGUAUCUGGGAAAGUGAAGCCUGAGGAAGCUGUUGUAGCAACACUAUCUUCACUACCGGAUGAAGUUGUGGAUACAGUUGGGACAGUACUGCCAUCUGAAGAUUCAGUUUCUGAGAGGAGGAGAAAACUUGAAUUCCUUGAGAUGCAAGAAGAACUUAUCAAGGAGGAAGAGAAAAGGAAGGAGAAAGAAGAAAAAGCAAAACAAGAGGAAGAGGAAAAGACAAAGCUCAAAGAACCAGAGGGUGCUGCUGAAGAUUUAGCUUUGAAAGAAAUGACUGAGGCUACUGCUAGGGAAGAACUGCGAAAGGCAAAACAACACGACAGGGAAAAACUCUGUAAUAUCGGCCGAGCAUUGGCAGUGCUCGCAUCUGCAUCGUCUGUAAGCAAGGAGCGUCAGGAGUUCUUGGGACUUGUCAACAAGGAGAUAGAACUAUACAACUCAAUGCUUGAAAAGGAGGGUACAGAGGGUGAAGAAGAAGCUAAGAGAGCAUACAUAGCUGCUAGAGAGGAAUCAGACCGUCAUGCUGAGGCUGCUGCAGAAGAAAAAGUCUCAUCAGCACUUAUUGAGAAGGUUGAUGCUAUGCUCCAAGAAUUAGAAAAGGAGAUUGAUGAUGUGGAUGCACAAAUUGGAAAUCGUUGGCAACUGCUUGAUAAGGACCAUGAUGGCAAAGUGACACCUGAAGAGGUGGCGGCUGCAGCAGCCUAUCUCAAGGACACCAUAGGGAAAGAAGGCGUGCAAGAGCUCAUCAGCAACCUUUCUAAAGACAAAGAAGGAAAGAUCCUUGUUGAAGAUAUUGUGAAGCUAGCAUCCCAAACAGAGAACAAUGAAGAGGAAGAGGAAGCACGGCAGUAG